UANAGCAAUGGGAACCCUCACCUCCCAGCGGUCAGCCAGCACCUUUACAGCCCUGCAGCCCUACCGCUUUCACAUUCAGGAGCGUCAGACUUCCAUCCGCCUUACUUUCCCCCGCCCUACCAGCCCUUGCCCUAUUCACAGUCUGCUGACCCGUACUCCCACCUGGGUGACCCCUUCUCCAUCAACCCUCUGCAUCAACCUACACCAGCUGCCAGUCAGCAACAGGCUUGGCCUAGCCGCCAGAACCAGGAGCCAGCUGGAUUGAGCCAUCACACGAGGCCAGGCCUUGUCCCUCACCUCUCUGGGCUGGAUGCCGGAGGACCUGGGGCAAGGAGGGAGACCUACAGACGUUCAGAGCUGCUCCUACAGCCUCACGGCCACGGGCUAGAUGCGGCACUGGUGGAAAAUCUGGGCUUACACGACAUGGCCCAUCAAAUGGAAGAUGUUCAGAAUGUGGAAGACCAACAUUUGCUGUUGCAUGAUCAGACAGUCAUCAGGAAAGGUCCUAUUUCAAUGACCAAAAGCAACUCCUUGGGUCUCCCCUGCCAGAAAGAUGGGAUGCUAGGAUCAGUGGUUAAUCAUAAUGAAGUAUUUUGUUCAGUUCCUGGAAGACUUUCUCUUCUCAGCUCCACCUCGAAAUAUAAAGUGACUGUAGCUGAGGUCCAGCGAAGACUUUCCUCUCCCGAAUGCUUAAAUGCCUCCCUGUUAGGUGGUGUCUUGAGAAGAGCCAAAUCCAAGAAUGGAGGCCGAUCUUUGCGGGAAAAGUUGGAUAAAAUCGGUUUAAAUCUUCCAGCUGGAAGAAGAAAAGCUGCUAAUGUGACAUUAUUGACUUCUUUGGUAGAAGGUGAAGCUGUGCAUCUGGCCCGAGAUUUUGGUUAUGUCUGUGAAACUGAAUUUCCUUCUAAAGCAGUGGCUGACUAUUUAACCAGACCACAUUUAGGACGGAAUGAAAUCGGAACCAGAAAGAACAUGCUGCUUGCUGCUAAACAAAUCUGUAAGGAAUUCACAGAUCUUCUCACUGAGGACCGGACUCCUGUUGGAAAUUCUAGGCCCAACCCAGUUCUGGAUCCUGCCAUCCAAGGCUGCCUGACUCAUUUCAGUCUAAUAACGCAUGGCUUUGGGAGUGCGGCCAUAUGUGCAGCCAUGACAUCUGUGCAGAACUACCUAAAUGAGGCAUUAAAAAUAGCAGACAAAACUUACAUGAACACAGGCGACCAAAGCCCCGCUGAGUCUAACAAAACUAUUGAGAAAAUGGAUAAGCACCGGAAAUAGAAAGGGUUUGGGUCAGUGGAGGGAAGUACAGCCUGGGGAAAAGUUUGAAAAGGACUGAAACUAUUCUCCUUAACACAGACUAUGGGAUGUUCUUCUUGCCUAGGGGACAAUGUAGAAAAAAUUGUUACUUUAUUAAACAUCAUCUUAUUCAGGAUCUUCAUGAUUUACACACCCUCCCAUUCUGGAGUCUUGUGUUUCUAAAGCUGCAAUAUCUCCAAACUUUGUGGACAAGUUAUCAGAAGACUACAAGCUUUGGGUACUUGUUGGGUACUUACUCCUUAAACCUUUUAUCCCUUUUCCACCUUUCCUCCUUGCUCUAAAAGUGGUGCUAAAAAAAAAAAAAAAAAAAA